AUGAAUACUGAGAACAAUAGUAGCGGAAAUGAGAGUGAAGUAGUAUCUAGACAGAAUGAAUCAAAAAAGAGGAAAAAGUACGGCAGAAUGAGAGAUGUCAUGAAAAAGAUUAGACUGCUGAGCCACGAGGUAGGUGCAAACUGUAACUGUCGUAAACAAUGUUUUCAAAAUGUACCUGAAGAAGCAAGAAAAACCAUUCUCAAGAAUUUUAACGCUAUGACUUCUAUUAAUGAGCAGAACUCCUACUUAUGUGGAUUGAUUACGGUACUCCUCAUUCGCCGAAGAAGGCCUAGGAAAGAUGAAGACGUAGCAAAUUUGAGAAGGCAGGAAAAGCCAUUACAGUGUGAAGGAUAG